AUUUUUUAUUGGAUAGAUAAUAGAAAAUUUUCUUUAUUUUUGUGUCAAAAAAUAAGCACCUGUCACUUUAUCUGACGUUUAAAAACCGAUAAUGUAUUCUUUUAAACCUUUCGCAUUUGAUCAACAUGACAUAAAAAGAUCUGAAAUAUUGAGAAGUAAAUCAGAUAGUAAAGUUUCUUGUGAUGAUAAGUAUCUCUAUAGUUAUUCAACAUACAGCAUUGAUACACCUGAAGGUCUUGAAGACAUCGCUGUAGAAGCAUGGAAAUUUAAUUUACUUACACACCGUUGGACACCGUUGAAAAAUCCAGAAACUCAACUGAUAGACAAUUCAUUUGAAGCUGGUUCUAUUUUUGAUGAAGGAAAAUUGAUUCUUCUUUUAAAAGCUGAUACUCCGCCGCAAUUUUUUUAUUUAUUGCACUGGGAUUUGAGAAUAAAUGAAUUAAAUAUUCGUAAGAUUAACAGGCCACUGCCUAAGAUGGGAUUUGAUCCGAAAUUUUUAUGCCACAGUUUUCAUUUUUACGCUAUUGGAAGCCAGGGUAAAAUAUUAUAUCAACGAACUGACGAUGGACCGUACAAAUUUUUUAAUAUUUAUGAUGUUUUGAAAAUGGAUUUGAUAACUAAAAAAUGGGAGUUUGUUUAUCUGUGCCCUGAAAGUGAUCCUUUUGACUGGGAUCGAGAUAAUCAGUACGGUGAUGUAUUUGCAUUUGAUGGAAAAAAAAUUUACGUACUUGAUACUGAUGAAUUAUCACAACAGCCAUUAAUCUCGCAUAGAAUAUUUGCAUUUGAUUUGGAUUGUAAACAGUGGGAUGAGCUUGAGGUUCAAAGAGACUUGGAAAGUGAACCAGGAAUUCCUUGUAUGCAUGGUAGUUACAGUAUUGCUCAGUACAGAGAUACCAGAGGAGAUGUUAAUGUAAUUUUAACUGGUGGUGACAUUAAUGAGUCCUCAUGCAAUGACAUUUGGAGACUUAAUUUGACGACAUUGCAAUGGACAUGUAUAAGUAAAUAUGAAGUACUACCUUGUCGCAUGAGGAAUCAUGUGGCGGCUAUCACACCUACUGGAAAAAUGUAUCUGUUCGAUGGUUUGGUGGAAGAAGACGUAGGGGAGGUAGAAAACACAUCGAUUUUUUCAGCAUGGGUGACGAUUCCAAAGCUCGCAGAAAUAGCUUGGGAAGCUGUGCUAUUUUACAACAAAGAAUUAAAAGAAAAGCCAAAAACUGAAUUAAUAAUACGCGGUUAUCCACCGAAGUUCGUCGAACGCCUAACUAAUUAACAUACCACUAACAUAGCUCAUAUUUUUUAUAUGUAUACAUAUAUCAGUAUUACAUUUAUUAAUUAAUUAAUUACUAUACAAUUUAUUUAUUUAUUUAUUUUUUAUAAUAUAUUACAUUAGAUAUUUUGUGCAAUUUAGAAUUCAAGUUAUAUAAUAAGGUACAAAUGAACGGGAUUAUUGUAGUUGAUACCUUAUAAAAUACUACACUUCCCUGCCAAAAAUAUUGUGAUUACAACGAAUGUUUACUAAAACUCCAAUUAUAUAUUAACGGCUUACAAUAAAAAUUUAUACAAUAAUCAUAUGUUUAAAUUUAUUUAAAAAUUUAU